GGAUAUGGUGAGACGCACAACUGGACUCACAUUACCCCCUUCACGCAGCUUCCCUAUUUUAAGGACCUCAAACUUCCAUACAACAUAGACGUGAUGCACACCGAAAAGAAUGUCGCAGAGUCCCUUUUUCGCACGAUCCUCAACAUUCCUGAUAAGACAAAGGAUAAUGUUAAUGCUAGAGUUGAUCAACAGAAUAUUUGUGAUAGACCACGUCUACACAUGCAGCCUCCCACAGGCAGUCGAAAAUCUUGGUUCAAGCCAGAUGCUGACUUCGUACUUAAAAAGGAUCAUAAGAUGGAGGCAUUCAAGUGGCUGAAACACGUCGUGAAGUUCACUGAUGGUUAUGCGUCGAAUAUAAGUAAGGGGGUCAAUCUUUCAACGGGCAGAGUGACCGGGCUCAAGAGUCAUGACUAUCAUGUAUGGAUUGAGCGGAUUAUGCCGGUGAUGGUUCGGGGCUAUGUUCCCGAGCGUGUCUGGCGUGUGCUUGCGGAGUUAAGCCAUUUCUUCCGCACGCUUUGUGCUAAAGAAGUAUGUCCUGAGAAGAUAAAAGAAAUGCAUAAGAAGGCGCCGGAGUUGAUAUGCAAGCUAGAGAAGAUCUUCCCGCCAGGCUUCUUUACUCCGAUGACACAUCUCAUUUUGCACCUCCCGAACGAGGUAUUGUUGGGGGGCCCUGUGCAGAAUCGUUGGCAGUACGGCCCUGAGAGACAGAACAAGCAUCUGAGACAGAAAUGUGGAAACAAAGCUAAGAUUGAAGCUUCCAUAGCUGAGGCAGUUAUCCUAGAGGAGGUGGCAGACCUCAGGACAGCCUACUAUCCGGACCAUGUUCCCACGUUGCACAAUAAGGUGUCUCGAUACAAUACAGAAGAACCCAAGUAUAAACCCAAGUUGCCUCUAUUCAUCGGGCAAGGUGGUAGGGCUGGAUGCUCGAAACCUUAUCUCAUGCCACGAGAUGAGUGGGAGGAUGUCAUGUUCUAUAUCUUGCACAACAUCAAGGAAGUUGAGGAUGAGUGGAUGAGUCGAUUCGUUGAAGAAGAAUGGACGGGAAUGCUGCCUCCUACUGAAGCGGAGGCACUUGCUCUUCUCCGAAAGGGUGCUGAUGGAAGGAAAAAUUUCGUUGCGUGGUUCAUGGAGAAAGGAAAUGAUCCGACCGAAUCAAUGGAUGAAGAAUUGAGAUGGGUUUCCAUGGGUUUUGACCCUGUCGUCAUGACAUGCGAAAAGUAUGAUGUGAAUGGGUAUCGCUUCCAUACAGAGGAGCACCAGAACAGUCGGCCUGAUCCCAAAACCAUAAAUACCGGAGUCUUCACUGAAGGAGAUAAUAAAGUAGAUUACUACGGAAGGGUAGGAAAAAUAUACGAGCUUACAUUCAAACGUGGCCGCGAACACCUAAGUCUCACUGUGUUCAAAUGCCGAUGGUUCGACCCCAAAAAGGGUCUGAGACAUACGCCUUCUGUUGGUUUAGUUGAAGUUAAACCAUCAACCGUCUAUGCCGGAGAUGAUCUCUUUAUCGCCGCUACCCAGGCCACACAAGUAUAUUAUCUGCCUUACCCAUGCCAGAAAGAGUACCUAAAGGGUUGGGAAGUUGUGUUCAAGGUGUCGCCGCAUGGUUUGCUAAUCAUGGGCAAGUCCAGCGGCGCCAGUUUCCUCAGUAAAUUCAAAGGACUUACUCGGAGUGGACGAGCCCACAAGAUUGAGCGUGCGGAGGAAGAUGGUAGCUUGGUGUUCCAAGACGGCAGCAGGAUCAAAGCUGAUGUCAUCCUGCACUGCACUGGAUACAAGUACAGCUUUCCAUUCCUGGGUGGCGACGACGACGGCGAGUUGGCCGGUGCAAUCUUUGUGGACGACAACCGCGUGGGCCCGCUGUACAAGCACGUGUUCCCGCCAAUAUUGGCUCCUCACAUCUCCUUCAUCGGAUUGCCCUUCAGGACGAUCCCUUUUCUAGUGUUUCAGCUCCAAAGCAAGUGGGUGGCUGGGGUUCUAUCGGGAAGACUUGAGCUCCCAUCACAAGAGGCCAUGAUGCGGGAUGUGGAUGCGUUCUACUCGGACAUGGAAGCUCGCGGAUGCCCCAAGAGACGCACUCAUGAUCUGGGACAAGGCAAUCUGUUUGAGUACGAGGACUGGGUGGCGGAGCAAUGCGGGCUGGGGAGGAUGGAAGGGUGGAGGAAGGGCAUGUUCGUUGCAACGUGUAAGAACCUGGCUGAUCGCCCGAACAGCUACCGGGAUGAAUGGGACGACGACCACCUGUUGCCACAGGCGCAUCAGGAUUUCAGCAAGCAUUCCUGCCUCUGACCGAUCAAUAUUGAAUAGCAGAUACUGGAUUGUUUGGCUUCGAGUCACUUGGUCGAUCUUGGCUUUUGCCCAUUAUUUAUAUUGGCUGGCUAAUUGUUUCAGCAACUACUUCA